AUGUUUCGAAACAUAACGCCAGAGAAAGCGAUCGCGUUUACUCGAAUGAGCGUCGCGCCUGCAGUAUUCUUACCGCUUUCCUCGCAAACAACUAAGCUGCUGACGACUGGCUACAAGGUCUUCAAAAUUUUAGUGCUCCUCAACUCGUUCCUUUUCCUCCUACCUUUAAUUAACGCUUUGUACACGUACAAUGACCCCGCGAAUGUUUCUGAGUCCAUUUGUUUUUUGUUAGCCGAGGUGCAGUUUAUAGUGAACACGAUUAUUAGUAUUACUCACUACGACCGGUUCCAGGGGGUAGUGGAAGGCAUGCAAACGUACUGCAAGAACGCAAAUGUUCGGGAGAGAGUCAUAUUACAGUGGUACGUCGAUCAGUUCUCCACGUUCUACGGAGUGUCAGCAACAUGGUUCUACUUGACGGCGAUACUAGUCAUUCUAGGAACAUUUUUCUCGUCCCAUCCAUUUCCGACAAACGCCGUAUACCCAAUCGCCGUUGAUUACCAACCUCUAAUGAGCAUAGUAUUUCUGCAUCAAUCGGUCAUCGGUUUACAAUUUUCCGCGACCGUGUGUGUUAGCGUGCUUUGCGCUCUGCUGUUGCUGUUCGCCUCGGCAAGGUUUGAGAUCUUGAAGAUGGAGCUGAGGGAGGUUAAGAAGCCUAGCGAGUUGAUAAAGUGUAUGGAAAAGUAUUAUACCGUGAGAAGGUAUGCAUGUGACGUGGUCAACACUAUUAAAUACUUACCUAUGUGUACAGUUAUCAUGUGCGGUGUGAUACUUGUAUUUUGCGGGAUAAAGAUAAUACAACCACAACCCUUCACAUCGAGGUGCCAGUACUUAUCUAUAGUGUGGACUGCGUUGGUGGACGUUUUCGUUUGUGCCUGGCCCGCUGAUCAUCUACUGAGUAUAAGCCAGAAUGUUAUGGAAGGUAUAUACGAAUCAACGUGGUUUGAUCGAGGUUCGAGCAUGCAGAGAGACGUGAGAAUUAUGUUGCUGCCACAACCACCAGUGGCCAUUAAAGUCGACUGCAUUAUCCCGGCACUCUCGUUGAAUUACUUUUGCUCGGUAUGA